AAAUACCUCAUGCAGUGGACAUGCAGUCAAUUGGGAGCGGAGAGAUGGUGGCCAGUCGGGAGGAGUACACUGGGAGAGCAGAAACAACACUUCUUUUCAAAGCAUUGCGGACAUGCAAAGGAACUCUCAGAACACCCAAGGAAAAGGAAAACAUCAGGGAAGAAUGCUUGGAGGAUUGUUUUCAGUCCACUCUCUGGGGAGCACAGGGCACUGGUUUGAAGAGACUCCAUGAAGGAGGCCAACGCUAAGCUCUCAGUCCACAGGAAACAUUUCAAGUCCCCAGCUCUCUGCUUUGCGGUCUCCUGUAAUGGCUGGAGGUCUAUUUGCCGUUAACCGGAAAUGGUUUUGGGAGCUGGGAGGCUAUGAUCCAGGAUUGGAGAUAUGGGGAGGAGAGCAGUAUGAAAUCUCCUUUAAGGUGUGGAUGUGUGGAGGUGGCAUGUAUGAUGUUCCGUGCUCCCGAGUGGGACAUAUUUACAGGAAGUAUGUCCCGUAUAAAGUCCCUUCUGGAACCAGCCUAGCACGGAACCUGAAGCGUGUGGCAGAGACAUGGAUGGAUGAGUUUGCAGAGUACAUUUACCAGCGACGGCCUGAGUACAGACAUCUCUCAACUGGUGACAUCUCUGCCCAGAAGGAGCUGCGCAAGCACCUGAAGUGUAAAGAUUUCAAAUGGUUCAUGGCUGCAGUGGCUUGGGAUGUCCCCAAAUAUUACCCUCCUGUGGAGCCUCCACCUGCUGCCUGGGGGGAGAUUCGAAACGUGGCAGCCAACCUCUGUGUGGACAGUAAACACGGAGCCACGGGGACUGAGCUGAGGCUGGACAUCUGUGUGAAGGAUGGCUCAGAACGAACAUGGUCACAUGAGCAGCUCUUCACCUUUGGCUGGAGAGAAGACAUCCGCCCUGGGGAGCCACUUCACACUCGGAAGUUCUGCUUCGAUGCCAUCUCUCACAGUAGCCMUGUCACACUGUAUGACUGUCACGGGAUGAAGGGAAACCAGCACUGGAGCUAUAGGAAGGACAAAACUUUGUUCCAUCCGGUAAGCAGCAGCUGCAUAGAUUGCAACCCAGCUGAGAAGAAGAUUUUCAUGAACAGAUGUGAUCCUUUAUCUGAAACUCAACAAUGGAUUUUUGAACAUAUUAAUAUGACUGUUUUAGAAAAAUUUAACAGCAAGGCCAGUUCCUAGAAGGAAAAAAAAAUGAACACACCUAUUUGCAUACAGACUGCAGACUACAGUUUCGCCAGCAUCUGGGUCAAAGGAGUCAGGAAUUAAAUUCCUAGAUCCAGGAAAUCUGUUCUGAGGAUUAAGAAAAUGCCACAGCAAGAGCCAGCAAGCUGUCCUUGUGGAUCUGGAGAACUUGGCCAAGGGCCUCACCGGAUGCUGCUGAGAACUUCAGGAUGAAAACUCCCUUGCUGGUCAAGGGGAAAACUUUGUCUAAAAACUGUUUAAAAGUACUCCAAGUUAAUAAAGUAAAACAAAACUCUAGAGUUUCUCAGGUCAAAUCCUGCUGUAGUGAGUAGCUCAGAACAGACGCUAUAAUUUGAGAUGGGUUUACGGUGUGCAUGACACCAACAGGARCCUGAAGAAAUCCCAGGUUUUAGAAUUGAACAUGCUGGUAGAAGAAUAAUGAUGUCCCAGCACUCCCUAGACAAGAUAUAUGCUCUGUUGACAUUCUCUUAAUAAAAGGUUGGGUUAAGCAGGUUUAACCCUCAGAACUGCUGCAAUUAAUUUAAUUUUAAAUACCUCCCUUUUACAUUCCAUUCAUUACCAAAAUAGGAAUGGUAGAAAUGUUAGGGUCUAGAAUUACACUGUAGUUAAGCAUGAAAUAAGCUGUAUGGUUUUGCCCUCACAUUUUCCCCCUUCAGGAAAAAAAAAAAAAAAGUAAUCAAAUUAUAUAUUUAGCAAUUAUGAUUCAAAUCCCAUUGUCACAAAAGGUGAGUUUUUUUUUAGUGACAAAUAUAAUGGUGGCAGCUGCAGGACAAUGGAAGGCUUGUGGACUAGCUAUCU